AUGAAAAUUGCGUUUGAUUACGUUUGUUGCUCAAGGAGGAUCUUUAAUGCUGAUGUGAUGAUUACUUUUCGUUACGAGUACGUAUAUUUAUCUUUUGCGUAUCAGCAACAUCUAAAUAACACAUCUCCUGGCACACUGGUCUUUGGUCUAUGCACGAUAAGCAUUCUAACAGUGGUAUUCCCGUGUUGCACACAACACUUCUUAACGCCAUCAAACACAUCUGCCGGUUCUGUUAAGAUCGGUUAUGUCCAUCAGUGCUUAAUUCAUGGCGAAUAUUUUUUCCGAAACUUUUGCAGAAAAUGCUCGGUUUGCUAA